CCCGGGAGGGGGUGCAGCGGUAGCGCAGCUCUCCUCCCGCUCCUCCGGCGCAGGCGGAUCCAUGCCGGGUUUUGCGGCGGAAUCUUAAGAGUGCUGGUUCUUCUGUCCCUCUUGGCAGCUCUCUGCAGCGGGAGAUCAUGGUGCUGAACGAAGUGUGGGCUGCGUUCUCCGGUGCCUCCGGGGCUGCCGUGGCCUGCUGCUUCGUGGUGGCGGCCGUUGCCCUGCGCUGGUCUGGUGGCCGGACAGCGCGGGGUGCGGCGGCCCGGGCGCGACAGAAACAGCAAGCGGCCCUAGAAAGCAUGGACAAGGCUGCGCAGCGCUUCCGGCUCCAGAACCCUGACCUGGACUCAGAGGCACUGCUGACCCUGACUUUGCCUCAGCUGGUGCAGAAGUUACACAAUGGGGAGCUGUCUCCACAAGCUGUGCUCUUCACCUAUUUGGGAAAGGCCUGGGAAGUGAACAAAGGGACCAACUGCGUGACCAACUAUCUGGCAGACUGUGAGACUCAGCUGUCCCAGGCCCCAAGGCAGGGCCUGCUCUAUGGUGUCCCUGUGAGCCUCAAGGAGUGCCUCAGCUACCAGGGCCAGGACUCGACCCUGGGCUUGAGCGUGAAUGAGGGGGUGCCAGCAGAGUGUGACAGCGUGGUGGUGCAGGUGCUGAAGCUGCAGGGCGCUGUGCCCUUCGUGCACACCAACGUCCCCCAGUCCAUGCUCAGCUAUGACUGCAGCAACCCCCUCUUCGGCCAGACCACAAACCCAUGGAACUGCUGCAAGAGCCCAGGUGGCUCCUCGGGGGGUGAAGGGGCGCUGAUUGCCGCGGGAGGCUCCCUCCUGGGCUUAGGCACUGACAUCGGGGGCAGCAUCCGCUUUCCCUCCUCCUUCUGUGGCAUCUGCGGCCUCAAGCCCACAGCGAACCGCCUCAGCAAGAUUGGCCUGAAGGGCUGUAUCUAUGGACAGCUGGCAGUACAGGUCUCAGUUGGCCCCAUGGCCCGGGACGUGGAGAGCCUGGCACUGUGCCUGCGAGCACUGCUGUGUGAGGACAUGUUCCGCUUGGACCCCACUGUGCCCCCACUGCCCUUCAAGGAGGAGGUCUAUGCAAGCUCUCAGCCCCUGCGUGUGGGGUAUUAUGAGACCGACAACUAUACCAUGCCCACCCCAGCCAUGAAGCGGGCUGUGCUGGAGACCAAGCAGAGACUAGAGGCUGCUGGCCACACGCUGAUUCCCUUCCUGCCAAGGAACAUACCCUAUGCUCUGGAGACCCUGUCGGUAGGUGGGAUAUUCAGCGAUGGCGGCAGCAGCUUCCUACAGAACUUCAAAGGUGAUUUGGUGGACCCCUGCUUGGGGAACCUGAUAUUGACUCUGAAGCUGCCUAGGUGGCUUAAAGGACUGCUGGCUUUCCUGCUGAAGCCUCUGCUUCCAAGGUUGGCAGCCUUUCUUGGCGGCAUGAAGUCUCGAUCCACUGGAAAGCUCUGGGAACUGCAUCACGAGAUUGAGGUGUACCGCAACUCUGUGAUUGCCCAGUGGAGAGCACUGGACUUGGAUGUGCUGCUCACCCCCAUGCUGGGCCCUGCUAUGGACUUGAAUGCCUCAGGCAAUGCCUCAGGGGCCGUCAGCUACACUAUACUCUACAACUGCCUGGACUUCCCAGCGGGGGUGGUGCCUGUCACCACAGUGACCAUCGAGGAUGAGGCCCAGAUGGAACAUUACAGGGGCUACUUUGGAGACAUCUGGGACAAGAUGGUGUGGAAGGCCAUGAAGAAGAGUGUGGGGCUGCCUGUGGCUGUGCAGUGCGUGGCUCUACCCUGGCAAGAAGAGUUGUGUCUGAGAUUCAUGCGGGAGGUGGAGCAACUGAUGACCCCUGAAAAGCGGCCAUUCUGACUGCUGCCUGCCCAGCUGCCCAGCUGGCUCCGGAAGACCUACUCAAUCUGUGCCCAGCCCAGUCAGGGCACAGCUGCCAGCCUUCAAGGAAAUAUUUACCUGAGGGCACAUGCUUCCUUCCCUUUACCUCUCCAAGAAGCCAAGACCCCCUGAGUCUGGACCUUGCUCCCCUGCCUGGUCCCCAGUCUCUGCCCUGAACCCCUCCACUUGUGGCAGCCAGUGGGUAUAACAUGGGCAAAGGCCCACUAAGAGUCAAAAAAUGGUUUCUAUCCCGUGCACUUCCUGGCCAUCAUUGUUAAGACAGAGGGUCGGAGACUCGGCCUUCUAGAACCUGCCACCAGCCAUAUCAGUGUCCUGCUCCCAAACCUCCCCUGGUUCCCAUGACAGGCAGGAUGGACACAGGCUUCUCGGAGUGGAUGUUGUAGACCCAGCAAGCACUUUACCCUUCUCUUCCUCACACCCCACCAUAGACUGAGUCCUACUUUGCUAGAGACAUUGCCCUUUUGCUUCUUCCUUUUUUUGCUUCUUCCAUCUGCUGAGGAUGCCCUUGCAGCUCCUCUACCUUUAAAUACUUUGAGGCCUGCUCAGAUCCCUCUUUCUCCAGAAGGCUUUCCCUCCUUCCUCUGAGCCUUGGAGUAGGUGGCCUGUUUCCUUCAGCCUGCCCCAUGUAUUGGGCAUCCAUAUGUGUGGGCAGGUGGGGGGGGGCUACCUUUCAUAGUGCACUGGUUCUCCUUGAUGGCAGGGACUCCACUGUGUAUCUUUGUCCUUAGUGGCCAGCACAGGGCCGGGCACAAAAGAGCAAGGAGUGGAGUGCUGACCCUGAGCUGGUACUGUUGGGGAGAAGGAUUCACAGGCCUGCGGAGGUGAACACCAGACAAGGUAGUCUGUUAGAGUGCUCACAGGGCUGGCCAAGGACUAUAUUGGUCUGAGAAGGCUUCCUGAACGAAGAGGACCUCUGUUGAGUCUAGAAAGGUCCCAGAGGCUGAGAUAGGGGAUGGGGAACAUCCCAGGGAGAAGGAAUAACAGUAUGCCCAAAGGCCAGGAUGAGUUUGGUAGAGGGAAACAUGUUAAAUGGGCACAGGAAAAGCAGCGAAGAUGUAGGUGGGGCCAGACCAGGAUGGACUUCCGGGGCCAGUUCAGGAAUUUGAAUCCUGUCUCAAGGGCAAUGGGGAACUCGAAUGAUCACACAAGUGCAGUGAGGACAGUAGACUGGAUGGACGGAGGCUGGACGAGGAUAAGGAGGUUGUUCCUUUAUCCCAAUAAGGAGGUUGUUCCAUUAUCCUAAUCACCUAGGCCUGAGCUAGGGAGGUGUUCCAGGGGCAGAGAGAGAGGGGUAGUUUGGGAAUUGGCAGUGGAGAUGCAAGUGAGCUGUCUCAGCUCAGUCUGCCAGGUUACCUCUCAUGCACUGUGUUGCCUGGCAGGUGGAAGGCUGGCUCGCUAGAGACAGACUUCUUGGCCUUACCAGCAGGGCCACCUCACUCCUCCCUGGUCCCAGCCCUGAAUCCCCUGCUUGCUGUAGAAGGUCUUUCUGAGCCUGAGCAUUCCAGCAGGGUGGACCCCAGGUUCCUAGCUGGCCUACUUCAGAUCUAGCUGCCUUCCUUCUCCAUCCUGAUAUUUCUGCUCCCACAGGUUGCAGAACCAGUGGCACCAGAAUUCUCUGCCAAGGGCCUCCCUGCCUUGGUGGCCCCAGUCUCAGAGCAAGUGUGAGGCGCCAUACCCUGGUGCUGACUAGAAAGCCCAACCCACAUAAAUACCUGGAUGGGGAUGACUCAAUAGUUGCUGCACUCUGCCCUGGUUCCUCGAAACUGCUCUGUCAUUUUGCCUCAUAUAAUCCCGUGAAACUACCUGCAAUCUGCCCAGUUUUCUCUUUUUGGUUACUGAUAUCCUUGUGCUUUCAGAUGCAAGGCUGCGGUGGAGGGUGCCUCUCCUUCAUUCCUUCACUGGUUCAGUGAUUGACCCUUGGAGCUUCAGCAUGGUCACACCUACCCUGUGCUUAGUAGUGCUGAGCUCAACCAGGCCUGGCUCCCAUCCUUGGGUUCCUGGGCUCGUGGGGGUGCUGGACAUUGACAAAAGCAAGUCUGUUCCUCAGGUGAUCAGGACUGGGGGAAAGGGCAAUAAGGGGUCAAAUGCUGCUGAAAGGCAGCAGAAGCGGUCAUUGCAGAAGAAUCAUUUUCACUCCUACUCUCUAAUCCAAGUCACCUGCCUCUCCUGGACACUGCAAUAACCUAACUUGGUUCCCUAUGUCCAUUGUCACCUGUCCCCCAACCAAUUUUCCAUACAGUAGCCAGAGUGACUCCUUAGAAGUAUAUAUCAGAUUGAGCCACUUCUCUUCUUAAAAUCUUCCAACGGCUUCUCAUCCUACCAAGAAUAAAAUCCUGUGUCCCACAAGACCCUGUGUAAAGGGUCCCUUGUCCACCUCUCCAGCCUCACUUUGGGUGUCUCUUCCUCUCAUUCAUCAUGCUCCAGCCACAUGAGCACCUUAAGGUGAUCCAUGCAUCACAGCCUUGGUGUUAGCUGUCCCUGUGCUUGGAAGACUUGGCUCCAAUAUCACCUCUCCUGGUCACCCUCUGGUUAAACAGCUUCUCUGACACUUUGCAGUAUGUCACCCUUUGUACUUGAUAGCAUUAUCACUAUCUGGAAUCAUUUUUUCUUGACCCAAA